AUGAAGAUCACUGCAUCUCCGCUCCUGCCUGCCGAGAUGGACAACUAUCUUGCUGCGCAUGAAGUUGAUCGUCCUCGCUACUCAUCCUUCUCGGAGCUUAACCUUUCAAAACCACACCUGCAGCCUGACAGUGCUGUCGCCGUGCAGAAAACUGUCAAUCUUCCUUGCGACCAGGACGAGAAUAUAAUUUCAGAUUCUAAUGAUAGCAUUCAUCGCAGCGCUAUCUCCUCUGGUCAUCCAUCUCCUUGUACUCCGUACUCUGAAGUUCAGAAUGCUGCUGCUCAUGCGUAUUCUCCCGAUCCUCCCUCGAACAUCGGCAGCGAUAGGUUUUCACCAGACCUCUGGACCAUGUCACCUGAAGAGCGCUCUCUCAUGACCAAUAGCGCCAACUUUGCUCAUGGUCGUCGUCGCCGUGGUGCCAUUCAGCAUGAGGCUUCUCUGGAGCUAGACGUCUCUUCCUCGCAUUCACCAGCUCCGCCUUCGCCAUUUGUUCUCUCUCCCGAUCUCGACAGUAGCGACGAUGACAAGGUCCGAGUUUCUGAAGAUCUCUCGGGUUACAAGAACAACACAGCAACUCCUCGUGGUCGUCUACAGCGCUCAUUUACACCAUCAGAGCGAGAAGAUGCCGGUGUGGUCUUGGUACCUGGUCUUCUUCGUCGCCUCAGCCGUCCUUUCUCUGGUCCUUGGCGAGGCCCUUCAUCGCCUCUGACCCCAGUUUCCUCGGUCGCUUCGCCACCUGUGGGUCGUCUGUCUCGCCUGCGUCGCUUGUUUUCGCGCCGUCGUUGA